AUGAUGAACAAUAAUAAUAACGAUAAUCAAAGAAAUAGAAUAGUUAAUUUAUCACAUAUUUUGUUAUCAAAGAUUAUUAAAUAUUUAGAUGAUAAUAUAGAUAGAAUAGUGUUUACAUUAGUUUGUAAAAGAUGGUAUAAUGACACCCAUAAUUAUCUAUCUUUCAAUACUGAUCAUAUAGGAAUGAUAUUGAAUGAUAAACUUAAAAAUAAUAUGUUUUUGAAUUCAUAUAAAUCAAUAUACAUCGAUUCAAUCAAUCGAAAGAAUGAUUAUCAUCUUUACAUUUUCAAGGAUAAUCAUCAAAAUGCAGAAUAUUGCAUCAACUAUGAACAACUUCUUCAAAAGAAUGAGAUACCUCCAAAUGUCAAAACGAUUUCAAUUGGCUCCGAUGUUUUAAAUUUGGAGGAGAUUUAUCAAUUGAUAUCUAGGUCCAAUGUCACUACAAUGGAGCAUUGUUCAACACUAAGAUAUAAAUUACCAGAGAAUAUUAGAUCUCUAUCGUUUUCAUCAGAGUUUAAUGAACCGUUGGUACCUGGCUAUCUUCCAGCACACUUGAAAUGUCUAAAAUUUCAGACCUCCAUUUCCAAACACACACUUAAUGCAGGUGUUCUCCCAAAUACAAUCGAGAUUUUGGUUCUUAAUAGAUCAGUGCAACAUCCACUUGAACCAGGUUUAUUACCACCUUCUUUGAAAUCUCUUUCUUACCAAAAUAAUCAUCUUCCAAAAGUUGGAUCACUACCUCCAAAUAUUGAAGAAUUCAGUUAUUAUUUCAUAAGUGCCAUUGGAAGACCAUCAAUAAGUAAAGGAGUUUUACCUUUGACACUUCGGAAAUUGACAGUACCUUCAUCAUGGCUUCCAUCAAUCAAAUCACUCCCAAAUCUUACAUCCUUAACAUUAACAUAUAAUGACAAUAAUAUAAUUGAUUUAAGUUAUCUGCCAUGUUCAAUUACAGAGUUGCACAUUUCCUAUGGUAGAUUAAUAUCAAAGAUGCCACCAUCAAUCAAAUAUUUGGAUUUAAAUUCCAUUGAAUUUGAUAUUGAUUCGGUAUUCAAAGAUCGAUCACAAUAUCAAUUUGAUUAUCUUUCAGUAACAGAAUUCAAAUCUGUAUCACUCAAUGGUCUGAAUAUAAAGGAACUCUAUAUUUCAUUAAAUGGAAAUCAAUCUCUACCUCUAAUUCCGUCAUCAGUUCAAAAGUUAACUAUUUGUUCAAUAGAAACAAAUUCGUUUCUUGGUAAUCUACUCUUUCCAAACAAACUUGAAGAGUUGGUAAUAAAGAAUUAUGAAGAUUUUGAUAGAGCAUUUAAAAUUAAUAGUGAUAUUCUUCCUACAUCAAUUCAAUCGUUGACACUGCCAUCACUAAGAGUUCCACAACCUCGAAUACCCAACAAUCUUAUUCUAAAACCAUAUAAGCAUAGUUCAUAUAAACUAUGGUUGCGAAGACUUGACUAUCAACAUUAUCUCUUCUUCAGUGAGGAAUUAAGUUUUUUAUCAGCGAUCAUUUGUGAAUCACAGAUUCCUAAAAUAUUCUCAUUUUAUGAAUCAAUUAUUCCAAAAUACUUUGAAUAUCAUCGAAGAUGGAACAAAGAAUAA